UUUGCAGGUCGCUUGGUUGGUGCCCUGGACGCCGUGUUAGACUCUAAUGCACGCGUUGCUCCAUUCCGAAUUUUACUCCAAGUUCCAGGCUCACAGGUUUACUCUGCCAUUGCAUGUGGUGCCACUGCAGAGGAGAUAAACCAGCACUGGGAAUGGCUGGAACAAAACUUGCUCCAUACUUUGUCUGUGUUUGACAAUAAAGAAGAUAUUGUUAGUUUUGUCAAAGGGAAAGUGAAGGCACUGAUUGCAGAGGAAACGAGCAGCAAGCUCGCCGAGCAGGAGGAAGACCCUGAGAAGUUCCGAGAAGCCCUGGUGAAAUUCGAAUCCAGAUUUAAUUUUCCCGAAGCAGAGAAGUUGAUCACCUAUUAUUCCUGUUGCUGCUGGAAAGGGAAAGUUCCUCGGCAAGGCUGGCUUUAUCUGAGCAUCAAUCAUCUCUGUUUUUAUUCCUUCUUCCUGGGCAAAGAAUUGAAACUUAUCAUUCCCUGGGUUGAGGUCCAGAAGCUGGAAAGAACCUCCAAUGUCUUCAUGACAGACACGGUCCGUGUCACCACUCCGAACAAAGAGCGCGACUUCUCCACGUUCCUCAAUAUCGCCGAAGCUUUCAGGAUCAUGGAACAACUGGCAGAUGUGACGCUCCGAAGGCUACUGGAUAAUGAGAUCUUUGAACUGGAUCCAGGCCUGCAGGAUCCUACUCAGAUUACCAAGAGGGAUCUUGAAGCCAGAGCACAGAAUGAAUUCUUUCGGGCCUUCUUCAGAUUGCCCAGGAAGGAGAAGCUGCAUGAAGUUGUAGACUGUUCUCUCUGGACGCCGUUUAGUCGCUGUCACACAGCGGGAAGGAUGUAUACUUCAGACAGUUAUAUCUGUUUUGCCAGCAAAGAAAAUGGCUGCUGCAAUGUUAUCAUCCCACUUAGAGAGGUCAUCAGCAUAGAGAAGAUGGAGGACACAAGCCUUCUCCCUAAUCCCAUCAUUGUUAGCAUAAGGAGCAAGAUGGCCUUUCAGUUCAUUGAGCUGAGGGACCGGGAUACUUUGGUGGAGAACCUGCUCCAGAGGCUAAAAGAAGUGAACUCCAGCAACCCAGUGCACUGUAACAACUUGCAAGAUAAGAACCAGAACAGUCCUGCAUUUGGACCCACAAGUGUGCUCACAGAUGGUGAGCCCAUGCAUCUGGCAACAGAGGCUUCACAAGGCAAGGAGAGACUCGAAUGUGGAAAGGAGAGCAAUUAUUUGCUCAAUGCAGAAGCACUAAGGUCAGACUUUCAUCAGUCAGAAAUGGCAGGCCUUGAUUUUGGAAAGUCUAGGGAGCAAAUCAAAGAGAGCCUGUGGAAUGACCAUUUUGUAGAAUAUGGCAGAACCGUGUGUAUGUUUCGGACCGAGAAGAUCAGAAAACUUGUUGCUAUGGGAAUCCCUGAAUCCUUAAGAGGCAAACUCUGGCUGCUCUUCUCAGAUGCCGUGACAGAUCUCGCCGCGCAUCCCGGUUACUACGUACAUUUGGUGGAGGCAUCCAUGGGCAAGUGCUGUAUGGCAACGGAGGAGAUCGAACGCGACCUCCACCGCUCGCUGCCCGAGCACCCCGCCUUCCAGAGUGAGACGGGGAUAGCCGCCCUGAGAAGGGUGCUCACGGCAUACGCGCACAGGAACCCCAAAAUAGGAUACUGCCAGUCUAUGAAUAUUUUGACCUCCGUGCUGCUGUUGUAUGCCAAAGAGGAAGAAGCCUUUUGGCUGCUGGUUGCUGUGUGCGAGCGAAUGCUGCCAGAUUACUUCAAUCACCGAGUGAUAGGUGCACAGGUAGACCAGUCGGUGUUCGAAGAGCUUAUAAAAGAGCAACUUCCAGAGCUGGCUGAACAUAUGAAGGAUCUGACAACCUUAGCUUCCAUUUCUCUGUCAUGGUUCCUUACUCUUUUCCUUAGCAUCAUGCCCCUGGAAAGUGCUGUGAAUGUUGUGGACUGCUUCUUCUAUGACGGGAUCAAAGCUAUUUUCCAGCUGGGCUUGGCCAUACUGGAAGCCAACGCUGUGGAUCUGUGUAACAGCAAGGACGAUGGGCAGGCCCUGAUGAUCCUGAGCAGGUUUUUAGAGCAUGUCAAAAAUGAGGAAAGCCCUCUGCCACCUAUUGGCAAUCACCAUGCCUUCUUCAGCGACGACCAGGAACCCUCUCCAGUGACUGAAAUAGCCAACCUGAUUCACGACUCCUAUGAGAAAUUUGGAGAUCAUUCUGUGGCACAGAUAGAGCAUAUGCGCUACAAACACCGAAUCCGUGUCCUGCAGAGCCAUGAGGACACAACCAAGCAAAAUGUGCUCCGAGUUGUCAUCCCAGAUGUUUCGAUUCUUCCAGAAGAUUUAGAGGAAUUGUAUGACUUGUUCAAGAGGGAGCAUUUAAUAAGGUGUUACUGGGAAAGGACGAGCCCAGUGGUCGAGCGGCACGACCCCAGCAGACCGUACGCUGAGCAGUACCGCAUCGACAUCUGCGGUGGCUGGGGAGCCCCUGUUGCUGCAAGGAUUCUAGAGAACCGUCCCGGCAAUUGGGAAGCCCUACGCAGUGUGUCCACUCAUGUUAUGUAUAAUGGAGAAAUGAAUGAAAAGAUAAAGUUACUAUAUAAGCUGCAUAUCCCACCAGCUCUCACAGAAAAUGAACGAGACAGCCAGUCACCAUUAAAGAAUCCUUUGCUGUCAACUUCAAGACCACUAGUCAUUGGAAAAGCAAAUGGUGAUGCAGUAGAUUACCAAAAGCAGUUGAAGCAGAUGCUGAAGGAUCUAGCCAAAGAAAAGGAUACUAAAACUGAAAAAGAACUGCCAAAAAUGAGCCAGAGGGAGUUCAUUCAGUUCUGCAAAACCCUGUACAGCAUGUUUCACGAAGAUCCAGAGGAGAAUGAUCUGUAUCAAGCCAUUGCCACUGUGACCACGCUGUUACUUCAGAUUGGGGAAGUAGGACAGAGAAGCAUCAGCCUGGGGAGCAGCUCAGAUGAGUUCACAGAGGACUUGCAGCCCGAGGCCUCUGCUUCAGACCAGGACACUGUUUUUACCGACACUGUGAAAACCCCUCACAAAGACUCUCAGCCUUCACCUGUGACUGAAGGGGACUGGACUGUCUCUUUUGAACAUAUUUUAGCUUCCCUCUUGACUGAACAAUCGUUAGUUAACUUCUUUGAAAAACCCUUAGAACUGAAGCCCAAACUCGAGCACGCAAAGCUAAACCAAUACAGUCUCAAAACAAAUGGAAUGAGUUGCCAGUCUCGGGGUGAACACACAAAAAUCAACGCGCGGUAGUAGCAAACCCGUCAAAAAUCAAAUGCACUGAAAUGAUGCCAAAGCACAUACUGUAAAAGGCUUUCAGUUAGCAGUGGACUUGCGAUAAACCAUUCGUUGUGGCUUCCAGUUUAAGAGCUUUAAAAGCUAAAGGGUGUGUAGGUUUGUUUUGGGCC